AUGACUCAAACUAAACGUAAACACGAACUCAGAGCUCGGAAACUCAACAACCCCUUGCCCCUGGGUGCACCUGAUCGAUUCAAUAUGGAUAACACCGUCAAUCAUCAGGGUCAUAAGGGGGCUUGUGCGGUCAUGUUGCCAGCCACUCGUGCAUCACCCUUCUCUCUGCCAACCCAAUCUGAGAGCCCCUUGUCUCCGGGUAGCCCUGAUUUGCUUGCAAGGCAAAAGGCCAACAACCAUCAGGGCUAUAAAGAGACUCGUGUGGUUUCUUCUUUGGUCGACAAAGUAACGGUCCCAUCAAAGAGCCCCUUGUCUCCGGGUAGCCCUGAUUUGCUUGCAAGGCAAAAGGCCAACAACCAUCAGGGCUAUAAAGAGACUCGUGUGGUUUCUUCUUUGGUCGACAAACAAACGGUCCCGUCAAAGAGCCCCUCGUCUCCAGAUCAACCCAAUAAUCAUCAAGUCCAUAAAGAUACUCGUGCGGUUUCUUCUUCUGUCAACGAACAAUCAGUCCCAUCAAAGAGCCCCUUGUCUCCGGGUAGCCCUGAUUUGCUUGCAAGGCGAAAGGCCAACAACCAUCAGGGCUAUAAAGAGACUCGUGUGGUUUCUUCUUGCACUGCCCGAGCAAUGUCAAUUCCAGUUCCCAAACCUCGUAAUCCUCCGCCCCAAUACCCGUCCGGUACAGCAAAGAAGAUUGCACGAGCUCACAGGAAGAAUGGAACUUCGGAGGAUACUUACUUUAUCAUCUGUUCACCCUCUCAAACCCCAGUUUCCCCAAAGUAUGUCAUAAAGCUUCCAAUCCUAGCGCAACCUUCCCGUCAAAUCGUGUCAUCAUCUUCCUUGACCCCUCAAUUCAUUUUUGAAACUCACUCAUUCAACAUCAACCCGCCAACAUCAACCUUCAACAAACUAUGUGAUAUAAUCCAAACACUUCACGCUAUGGCCAAAUUCCUCCCCUGCAACAAAAGAAACCACAACCAAAUCAACGGAGAAAUGCACAUGAUUGGAUUUCGACCAGGGAACGAUGGCGGUAAAUCUGCUGUUCAAGGCUUCAUCAUUGAAUAUUUAUCUCCACAGGAGGAGUGGUCAGAAAUGCGCAAGGAGGAUCGGCCCGAGUACAAGUUUGCCUCCAAUGUGUCUGUAACAUACAACGAUUUUUAUAACGAGCAACAUCAAGACAAAAACGACAUCAACGGCUGGUCCUAUGGUCUCUUUUCUUAUAUCGAACUUGGAACUGGUAAACCGAUCCCUCCCCCAUCCACUGAAUUGGGUCAUGGGUUUUUGUUUCCUCGACAUGCUUAUCUAAUAGUCUUUGUCAAAGCCGCUGGUAUCGUCGAGCUUGUUUGGCAAACUUCCAUGUUUGAACACUGUACCACCCAACCGCCUGAAUCACUCUGA